GACGCCGCCCGGCAGCAGCCGGCGGUCGCUCCCUCCCUCCCAGCUGCUGCAGCAGAGACCGGGGCCAUUUCGCGAGGCGGACGGGCUCCUCGGCAGGCUCGGAUUGGGGUGGAAGCGCGGCCGCCGAGGGGCCCGCAGUAGCUGCGCUCACGGGGAAGGAGUCCCACAGUCCCCAGAUACUAUCAAAUCAGCCUGGGAAGCAGCUAUUCGCUCAGCAAGUUCAAGAGAACAAAUAUGUUACAAUCCUUGCCUAUUCUUGCCUCCACUUCAUAAUGUCAUAAAAGCCACCUGGGGUAACAUUUAUCAACCUCUCUCCAGCCCGCUCUUCCAAAAUAACACUACAGUUUCCUACAUGUGUAUUUUUGCCAGGACUCCAAACAGCCUUGCUAAAGUGGAACAAGGAGUAGAGAAUUGAACUGUGAAAAAGAAGCCCGAGAUCCCCCAGCGAAAUGGUGUUGCAGCCCUGUUGAAGGAGUCAACUUGCAGGCUGUUAAAGACCUCAAGUCAUUAGCAUCAGCUGCUGCACUAAAGGGGCAAGUCAGCGCCUCUAAGUGGCUUAGCGCACAAACGAGGCUCCCCAGACGGCCUCGGCAACUCCAUCCCCUCCUCCACCACCCGCUGGAUGUGAAAAGCUUUCCGGAGCCCAUUUUGGGGGAAGCUUGGUAGUGUUGGCGCUCCUGAAGAGAGACGACGCCCGUUUAUCACCCCCAGGCAACUAGCUGCGCAAAUCAGCGGUGGCUCCAGAGCUAGAGAAUCCCUGGAGCUAACCGCACCCCUCUCCCUUUCACCGAACGCGGACUCCGGGGAAAUACGCACGGGGUCCGCACGCGCUGGGUGUCCAGCUCUCUGUCAUAGCUUCUCCAAGUGCCUAGUGAAACGGGGAAAGGCCCUCUCCAAUCAUUUUGGUACCUUCCUUUCCAAUCCUGAAACGAUUUUCCCCUCCUAGCAGUCCCAGAGGGCCCGAGCUUUAGGAGGAGGCGGGCCGGGACGCUCUCUGAGAGGCGUUGCCACCCAGGGAAGAGCCUAAAAGGCGGCCACACCAACACCUCUUGACAUGGAAAUACACUGAUACAAAAGGCAAAAAGAAACACUGGAUUGCAUCUUCCCGGUUCCAGGUGGCCUGAUUUGGAAGAUUCUAUACUGACCUUAUUCCUGUGAUGGAGGAUACAGGCAUCCAGCGAGGCAUCUGGGAUGGAGAUGCCAAGGCUGUCCAACAAUGUCUGACAGAUAUUUUUACCAGCGUUUACACCACCUGCGACAUCCCUGAGAAUGCUAUAUUUGGUCCCUGUGUCCUGAGCCAUACUUCCCUAUAUGACAGCAUAGCUUUCAUAGCUCUCAAGUCUACUGACAAGAGAACAGUACCGUAUAUCUUUCGGGUAGACACCUCAGCAGCAAAUGGUUCCUCAGAAGGUCUCAUGUGGCUGCGGUUGGUCCAAUCGGCCAGAGAUAAGGAAGAGCAGAACCUUGAAGCUUACAUAAAAAACGGACAGCUGUUCUACCGCUCUCUCCGCAGGAUUGCCAAAGACGAGGAGUUACUAGUUUGGUACGGGAAAGAACUGACUGAGUUACUCUUGCUCUGUCCCUCUAGAUCCCACAACAAAAUGAAUGCAGGGUCAUCCCCUUACACAUGCCUGGAAUGCAGCCAACGUUUCCAGUUUGAGUUUCCCUAUGUGGCGCAUCUGCGUUUCCGCUGCCCCAAGAGACUUCACAGCGCUGAUAUAAGUCCCCAAGACGAGCAAGGCGGCGGCGUGGGCACCAAGGACCACGGGGCCGGCGGCGGCGGUGGCGGUGGCAAAGACCAGCAGCAGCAGCAGGAGGCACCUUUAGGCCCAGGUCCCAAGUUUUGCAAAGCCGGACCCCUCCACCACUACCCAUCCCCCUCCCCCGAAAGCAGCAACCCACCCGCUGCCGCCGGCGGCAGCAGCGCGAAGCCAUCCACAGACUUCCACAACCUGGCCAGGGAGCUGGAAAACUCCCGGGGAGGCAGCAGCUGCUCCCCAGCCCAGAGCCUCAGCAGCGGUAGCGGCAGCGGCGGCGGCGGCGGCCACCAGGAGGCGGAGCUGAGUCCCGACGGCAUCGCCACGGGCGGCGGCAAAGGAAAGAGGAAAUUCCCGGAGGAGGCGGCGGAGGGCGGCGGUGGCGCGGGUCUGGUAGGGGGCCGGGGCCGCUUCGCAGAGCGGCCCCUCCCGGCCUCCAAGGAGGAUCUGGUGUGCACACCGCAGCAGUACCGAGCCUCGGGCAGCUACUUCGGCCUGGAAGAGAACGGCCGCUUCUUCGCGCCGCCAAGUCCCGAGACGGGCGAGGCGAAGCGCAGCGCCUUCGUGGAGGUGAAGAAGGCUGCCCGCGCGGCCAGCCUGCAGGAGGAGGGGACCGCCGACGGCGCGGGCGUUGCCUCCGAGGACCAGGACGCUGGCGGCGGCGGCGGCGGCGGCGGCGGCGGCUCCUCCACGCCCGCGGCCGCGUCGCCGGUGGGCGCCGAGAAGCUGCUGGCCCCGCGGCCCGGGGGCCCGCUGCCCAGCCGGCUCGAGGGCGGCAGUCCUGCGAGGGGCAGCGCCUUCACUUCGGUGCCGCAGCUGGGCAGCGCGGGCAGCACCGGCGGUGGGGGCGGAACGGGCGCCGGGGCCGCAGGCGGCGCGGGCGGGGGCCAGGGCGCCGCGUCGGACGAGCGCAAAAGCGCCUUCUCGCAGCCAGCACGCUCCUUCUCGCAGCUGUCCCCGCUGGUGCUGGGCCAGAAGCUGGGCGCGCUCGAGCCAUGCCACCCCGCCGACGGCGUGGGCCCCACCAGACUCUAUCCCGCCGCCGCGGACCCUCUAGCGGUGAAGCUCCAGGGGGCCGCGGACCUGAACGGAGGUUGCGGGUCCCUGCCGAGCGGCGGCGGCGGCCUGCCUAAGCAGAGCCCCUUCCUGUACGCCACAGCCUUCUGGCCCAAGAGCUCCGCUGCCGCUGCAGCGGCGGCUGCGGCAGCGGCCGCGGGGCCCUUGCAGCUGCAGCUGCCCUCGGCGCUCACGCUGCUGCCGCCCUCCUUCACCUCGCUGUGUCUGCCCGCGCAGAACUGGUGCGCCAAGUGCAAUGCCUCCUUCCGCAUGACCUCCGACCUGGUGUACCACAUGAGGUCGCACCACAAAAAGGAGUAUGCGAUGGAGCCCUUGGUGAAGCGGCGGCGAGAGGAGAAACUCAAGUGCCCCAUCUGCAAUGAGUCCUUCAGGGAGCGCCACCACCUCUCCAGGCACAUGACCUCGCAUAAUUGACUCGGAAAGGACCCCAGCUUUCCACGCGCGCGCACGCACAGUCAAGCCACCUGCAGGAAUAAACACGCGAGAACAUCCACCGCUUCCUUGCACCCCGAAACACGGCACAAAGACAGAUACAUUCACCCCCCACAACGCACACACACCUCCUCUCCUCCCAGGAACCUCAUUCAAAUAUUUACCCGGGACACACACACACACACACACACACACACUCACACACAAGAGCCAGGAUGGUGGCGUUUUGAUUGGGUGGGUUGUUUGAGGGGGUUUUCUUUUGAAUGCACGCAUUUUCACUUUCCCCAAAACAAAGGUACAUUUUUAAAAAUGUCAUAUAUUGCAACAUAUUGAUGCAUUUGUCAUACGUUUCUACUUAAAUUAUUAAGCACUUACGAUUUAGAUGUAAUAAUUAUAUGUAAGGACAAAAUUUAUUUUAGAUAUAAAGUAAAGGAGGAGGGUGAGAUGCUUUCUGCAUUUCUUGAUGAUAGUUUGUGUUCUUACAAAAACAAACAAAAUGAAUAAAAAGGGGUCGCCAUUCGAGUUUCCAGGGGGAAGUGCAUGUAUAAUGAAAUGAUUAUGGACUUCAAUGAAGAAUGUCAUCAAUUAUGUAAAUAUGUAUUUUCUUUUAAUACAAAGUGUAAUUUUGUGCCAGUGAAAUGGAGUCUGAAUAGUUAUGUGUUUCUUUUAUCCCUGGAAAUAUUUAUUAAACUUUAUAGUUUAUCCGAGUAUGUUGGAUGCUUUGACAAUAAAUGACUAUUUUCUUCAAAGCAAA